AUUGUGAAAUCACGAUCACGUCACAAAGGUUUAAUUCACUCAUUACGUAACAAAAACGCGUUUGAAAUAAACCUGGAGAUGCGUAGGGAACAGUAAUCGCUAACCGUCGGCGUCUAUUGAUCAUGAUACAAAGAAUAAAUCUAAAAAAUAUUUUCUCACCAAGCUAAGUAUCAACUAUCAUCAAUCGCGCUACACGCCGAAGUAAAGGUGAGCCUGCGCUCGCGCCAGUGACGUGUCUCCUCACUUCUUCAGUACCCGGUGGACCGUCUCCGCGCGCGUUUGUGUCGCUCCUACCCGCAUUCGAAAGUAGUGCUAGUGAGGUUUAAAUUGGAAUUGAUAAAGUUACACUAAUUUCCGAACGAAAGGUUUUAAGUGUUGUGCUUUUUUGGGAAUAUUGGAAUUAUAAUUUAACCGAUUCCUGUGACGACUAACUUUUUCUAGUCUUUUUAACAGUCGACAGGAGAGACGAAAAUCACAAUUCUGGACGCCAACAAUGACAUAGGCCCCAAGAUGGCGCUACGACUGAAGAAGGACAUAAAGAAAGCGUCGUACUACGUGUGGUUCCUGGGCGCGCAGGAGUCACGGGGGCUGCGGGGGGAGGAGUUCGCGUUACCAGCGGUUCAGCUGCUGGAAGAGCGGGCCAGGGAAUUGGAGCCUUUUAAGGUUACACUACAGGUGUCCCACAAAGGGCUGAAGAUAAUCCAGAAUGUGACGGCCAAAGGCAAGCAGCAGACGAUCAAGCACUUCAUCCCGCACGGCAGCAUCACCAGCGCCGUGGUGCAGGGCGACGUGGUGGCGUGCGUGCUGCUGCUCUACAACCCGCUCACUGGCUGCCCCGUGCACGUGCACGCUUACAGAUGUGAUUCAGACCAUACAGCCGAGAUGCUCUACACACACCUCCAAGCUCUGAUAGAACGACCAGAAAACCAGAAAAAGUUCGCCGAUAUAGAGCGAAAACUACAAAUGAGGGGGGCUCUCCCGGUAUCCAAGAAACCUCCAGACUCGUCCUUAGGCAGUGAGGUGUCUAGAGAGUCUGACUCUGGGAGCAAUGAGGAGAGAUGCGUGGCUAACCUGUAUGACAGUUUGGCUGCAGAGUUGAAGCAAAAGUUGUCUACAGGUAAAAAGGGUCUAGGCAAUUUUUCAGGGAAAAGCCCUAUACUUUUACCACCCCGCGACUACGACACAGUGCACAGGCAGAAAGGGAACCUGAGCAACAUCGACACCCGUCGGUGCCUGAACCAGAACAUCGUGGGGGUGAACGCGCGGCGCAAGCUGGAGUCGUCGGGGGGAAGCUCGGGCAUCGGGAGCGAUCUGGCGCCGUCGCCGGAGAGGAACGAGUACACGAGGCAGCACGACAAUCAUAGCACCAGCGAGGAAGACUGGGCAGAGAGUACGGCAUACAUGAUGCAUGAGGCCUUCGACGCGUCUCCUCGCCGCGCCGCGUCGCCUCGUCAUGCAGCAUCGCCGCGUCGCACGGCGUCGCCUCAUCGUGCGCCGUCGCCUCGUCGUGCAACAUCGCCUCGCCGUACGUCGCCGCCUCGCCGCGCGUCACCACCGCGCCGCGCGCUGUCUCCGCGCCGAUACGACCGUGGCUUCAAUGACGACUUCACCGACCAGUUCCGUGACCAACUGGCGCCCUUCCGUGACCAGGCCGGCUUCGACCGCCACCACCGCCACGAGUCUCUUGAACGUGUCAAAGAAAAACAAGAGAAAUACGACGACGCACCAAGCUACAGACGGCGGUACGCCGCAGAAACUAAACCGUCUAAUCGAAGCAUAGAUCGAAUAGAAGAUCGCCGGUUCGGUAAACUAACAAGGGGCGCCAGCGAAGGAAGUCUAAAACUCGCCGAAGCCUCCCCAAAAGACCGGUUCCAAGUCGCAAAAGAAAAAUUCAAGAACCUAGAGAGGGAAAGGUUCAACAGGGAACUAGAACAGCACAUGGCUAUCAGGAGGAGCAUGUUGGAAAGGAAUAGUCGCUCGACUUCUUCCCCUGAGGAAGAACGGAGAGACGAGCGGCAGCAGGAGCGUCACAGAGAAUUGAGCUCUCGGCGAGAACCUGAUCGUUCUCACCGGGAUUUGGAGCGUUCUCACAGAGAGCCAGAGCGGUUCAAGGAUCCGGAUCGGAUGCAUGACAUAGAUAGGGAUAUACCGCAUAGAGAAGUGGAGAGACUCCCACGCGUCGGUCGUAAACGUGACGACGUCAAACGAUUCGAGUACGGAGCUGAGGAUUAUCUGGAAAGAAUCGAACCAAAGCCGCAUAGAGAGGACUUUGAUAGAUACAGGGAGAGGAGGGAACUAGAUCGGCGUAUAGACGAGGAUGAAAUAAUUGAGCCAGUCAUUGAAGACAGGAGGAGAGACUGGAGUGACAGGCAAAGGGCAUUCAGCCGCUCGCGGUUGCUAGACGACCAGAGGCAGUCGUACGCGGAGGGCGACAGGGACCGCUACUACGACAGGGACUACCGAGAUUACCGCGACCUGUCGGACCGGCAGCCCGCGAAGUUCCGCCACAGUUACGCCGAGCCCAUCCCGCGCGGCCGCCUCGGAACAGUCAGACCUUACUGAAAUGCCAUAAUAGGAUAGCGUGCUUUUAUGACCUGAGGAAAUAAAUGAGAUUUAAUUAUUGUUUAUUGUUAAUUUACUGUAUUGUGCAGUAAAUUGACGGUAGAUUUUAUCGAGUAAAGCUAAGCGGCCUGUAGAUGUUGUUAAAUUUACCUAGACUCUAUAAAAAGAUGUGGGAAAGACCCUUCUUCAUGCAGAAGGGACACUCGCAUAUCUUUUUAUAGAGUAUUUCGUCAUGCAGUGUGCUAAAUAUAUAUUACUUGAAAGGCAGCUUUAUAGAAAAAAACGAUAGGAUUAUCCGUCAGACUGGGAGGCACAAAUCAUGUAGGUAUCUAUUUAGAAGUUGUUUUAGUCAUUUUAAAAUAUAUUGUUCGUAGACUAUGAUAUGAAUUGAAAUAUUAUUUAUAAAUACUCAGUUGCCUGCACCAAAUUAUAAUACUUACCGAUACCGAAAGUUGCAUCGCAAUGAUUUUUUCAACACACUUGCUCAAAACGGCGUUUUUAUUCCACCGAUUUUUGGCUUAUAAUCCUAGAUAUUAAACACGCGUGCUUUUUUCAGUAUAUUAUACCACUCGUGCUUUUUCAUUAUAUUAUCCAAGUGAGUUAAGAAGGUAACUGAUUGCUAAUAAUAUGUAUGGAAACGGAGCCUUCUUAAAUUGGUCGAGUAGAUUUUACAACGUGGACUGGCGGUAGCCGGCGCCCCGCCCGCCGCCGGGGCCCGCGGCGAGCCGGCCGGGCGGCGGCGGGGCGAGGGGCGGCAGGCAAUAUGACAGAUGCAAGACUGCAUACUGAUUUCAUUACUAAAUUUUGAUUAAUAUGAAAGUUUCUUAUUUCCUGGCAAGUGUGUUGAUAAACGUCGUAUGAAACGCGUGUGCUAUGGUCAUUACACACAUCGGCUUUCUUAUUGCGCGCGAGCUGUAAGCGAGCGACCAUAGCACACUUGUAUCAUAAUGUACUAUUCAAGUGUAUUCAUACUGUGUCUUAUCAUGUAAACAAACAUGACGUUCCAACCAUACGAUUUAUAGACAAUCUAGACAUCGUAAUAUCAGGUGAUCCGUUUGUUACUGAGAUUAUUGAUUAAAAUUUUAGUAGAAAUUAUAUUUUUCUGUAGUUAUUUCAAUACUUUGUGAGUUAUUAAAUAUGAUAAAACGGGUCACUCACGUAUUUUAAGUCGAACACGCUCGACAUGUUUCACUUUGUGAGUUUCUUUAAGUAAGUAUACAACAACAUUUUAAGUGAUAAUUAUUAUAUAAAUCAUUUUAAGAGAAAAGUGUGAUAAUAUCUCGAGAAGUAUUUGUUUACAUGAUAGGACAAGUAAGGAUGAACACACUUACGAUACGAUAAAAAAUGUGUUGGUGCUACAACUAAAACAAUGAUAAUAAUAAUAUAUUUCCUGUAUAUAAAUAACAAUUAUUAGUUAGUUUUAAAUACAUUUAUAUUAUUAAACAACCAAUCGCUAAACAUAUCGACAUUAUCAAAUUUUGCAUUAAUUAUAUGAGAUUUUUAGCAUGUUUUUGUAAUCGAUAUCAUAAUUUUUUUUAAAUAGUUUAUCUACAAAAUUUGACUAAAUGUGAUAAAAAUCAUUGUAUGAAAACUAUGGAAUGUACCUUAUAAUUUUUUUUAAGUCUGACAUUAUAAAACUAACACUUGACCAGCCGGCCUAGCCAAGGUGACAAUCGCUAUCACUUUCACAACGAAACGCUUUGGCUCUAUCACUCUUCCAUAUCAGUGAGACACCAAUGGAAACCUAAACGAAACAAAAAAUCACAUCAUUUCAUUUAAGUUUCGAUUGGCAUUUUUUUUAAACGUUAUCAUUUUGCCUCCAUAAAUGUUUGACAAAAUCUGCGCUGAAGAAAGAUCUGUCUAACGUGUACGUGUGUGGCGCGGGUGCACUGAGCAGGUGAGCGGUUUAACGAAAAAUAGUAUGAGCAACGCUAACUGGCGCGGACGCGUGCGACGGCUUUUACCUACAAUGACACCCGCGCGCGUCCGCCCGCUCCGUGCACCCGUGCCAGCUAGCGGACGCCCUAAAAGCAUAAUUAUACUGAAACACCAAGGUUUAAUGUUAAGUGUAUUUUAAGGUAAAGAGGGGCAAUUGUUUUUUGAGUAUAUGUUCGAUAAUUUUACAGCAUUUUCUGUGCCGAUGUAUUAAAACGCCAAGUUUCUUGCUGGUCCCAAUUUGGGAUACCCUCCUACAAUUUAGGAGGGAUUUAAAUCUUCUCGGGUGAACGGUGAAGCGUUAGAGCCGGCGUAGCUUUAUUUGACGUUCAUAAGCGCAUUGUAAUAUGCCUACUUGAAAAAUAAUUUAUCUUUAACUAAAACAGUAAAAUUGCAGUCAGUAAAACCUCAUUUGCAUUUAAAAUAUGAUUAUAAUAAAUGUGUUCCUGUGUCUUGCAUGUGGAUAAAUUCGGCUACACGUUGCUUUUCUUUACCUUAAACAUACAGAAACAAUGACUAGAUAUCACACUUGUGUCCAUGGAUAUCACAAUAACCUAAGCACCUAAAAUGGCGAAUUGAUUUAAUUUUAAGUAAACACAAAUCUUCCAAUCAUUUAGCGCGCAUAGGUUAAUUUGAUAUCGACACGUUAAACAACUGAGAUAUUAUCUCAAAAACUUGUUAAUUAUUGUAUUGUAAUAUACGUGUGUUAAAGUAAGCAUAAGAUAGAAGACUAUAUUGUUCCAGUGACGUCACAUCACUUGUUUAUCUGACCCGUCCAUACAUUUAAUGAUUGUAAAAUAUUAAUAAAUAAAGUUAAUUCCA